GAAAGGUUCUAUAUCCCCUCCACUAUAAUUUUGUUUCCUUAGUAAUUUCGAGUUUCAUGUGGAAGGUUGCGGUUUUCACGUUAUUUAUUUGUUCAAAAGAAUUUUUACAUUGAACGAAUUCCGCAUCUUUCAAAAAAAUAGUAAUUUUUUUUAUAAAACAAUGUAUUAAGUACUUAAAUAAGUUUUAAUUGAUAAUAAAAUCGAAUUGUAUAUAAAUAGAGAGUAAUUGACAAGAUCUUCUUCUAGCCGAUAUAGUUUUCGAAAAUUUGGAAUAACUCAAUUUCAAAGAAAUGGCUAAAUGGGGUGAAGGAGAUCCAAGGUGGAUCGUUGAAGAACGACCUGAUGCUACUAAUGUAAAUAAUUGGCAUUGGACAGAGAAAAAUGCUUGUACCUGGUCCCAAGAGAAAAUAAAAGAAUUAUUUACUAAUUUAAAGAUGGAAGGAGAUGAAGCUUCCUGUACAGUAACAGAAGUAGAGAAAUGUGAAGGUGAAGCAAUGGCAAAUAACCGGAAAGGUAAAUUAAUUUUCUUUUAUGAAUGGAAUAUUGUUUUGAAAUGGAAAUCCAAUAAAGUAUCUGAUAAGAAGAUUGAGGGUAAAAUAAACAUUCCAAAUCUCUCUGAAGAAAAUGAAAUUUCUGAAGUAGAUAUUGAAAUUACUUUGGAAGAUAGUACAGAUGAAGGAGAAGCAGUAAAACAUUUUCUACAUACAAAAGGAAAAGAAUUUAAUAAAUUAAAGCAAUAUGUAAUAUCUUUAAAAGAAGAAUUUACAGUUGGAAUGAUUUUACCUAAAAAGGAUAAUGUGAAGGAAAAUAUUUCAAAUAUCACUUCUGGAUUUAAUGCAAAAAUGCAAAUGAAUUCUACUGUAGUUUCAUCAAAUAAUAAAAAAGAAUUAGGAUGUAAAAUUUCAACGACAACAAUUAAGCAACAACAGAAGUUUCAAUGUAGGGCCGAAGAAUUUUAUAACGUUUUUACGUCAGUAGAGAUGGUUCAAGCAUUUACAAAGGGAUCGGUCAAACUCGAACCAAAGAAAGCAGGAAAAUUUGAAUUAUUUGGUGGUAACAUACAUGGUGAUUUUGUGGAUAUAACACCUACGAAGAUUGUUCAAAGAUGGCGUUGUAAACAAUGGCCUGAUGGACAUUUUAGUGAUGUGACUAUUGAUAUCUCUGAAAAGAGCGAUCAUACUGAAGUUAAUUUAACACAAGUAGGAGUACCAGUUAGUGAGGAAGAAUCUACAAAAGAAAAUUGGGAAAGGUAUUACUGGGAUGCUAUAAAACGUACAUUUGGAUUUGGUUAUUUCAUGUGAUCUAUGUAUGUUUUAAAUUUCGCUUGCUUAUUGAUAAGUAGAAAAAUAAUUAAAACAUAUAUUGUCGUAAAUCGCCUCGCAUACCAUUUACGAAUUAACCGCAUAAUCAGCUACGUACAAUCUGUCUUUUGUCUCAAUGCUAGUUACAAGUUUUUCUUUUCCUAUAUUUCACAUUUAGAACAUUGCAUCGUAUAAGCGGGACAUGAUUACACGAUUGCUUAGAUAUAAAUAAAGUAUCACCAACAUGACACAUCUGUAUUAAUAGUUGUAUAUGUGAAAUAAAUCAUGUCAGAUACUUAAA